CAAACACUCGUUACACUGUUUGUUGAACCAUCGUAUCUAUUUGACGUGUAAUUACAAGAAAAAAAAAACAAAGUUAUCUAUGACUAUGUUUUGAUAUAAUAUUGUAUCGAUAUCAGUGUUUUCAACAUUUUUUUACAAACAUUGUGGUGUAGUUUUGAUAGUAAAUCAGUACAAUAACGAUGAAGACAUCUAAAUUAAAACCGGUUCUAAACACGGUUCGUGUUUUUAAUAAUGCAAGUUUUUGCAGGUACGUCACGUCUGUGAACAAUAUAAUACCCAACACCACCGAAUCAACGCAGCCGCUGAAGUCAUGGGACGAAAUUCCCGGCCCCACCAAGUUGCCAAUCAUAUCAUCUUUACAUCAUUUCCUCCCUAUGGGUUCGUUGUAUAACAUUGAUGGGUUCGAAUUAUUGGAAAGGUUGUACAAAGCCUAUGGACCAAUAGUUAGACUUUCCGGACUGUUUGGAUCACCAGAUAUAGUAAUUUUAUUUGACGCCGAGAGCAUGGCUUAUAUUUUACGAAGUGAAAAUUUGACGCCAAAGCGACCAGGAUUUCAGUCAUUAGAACAUUACAGAAAAGAAUACAAGAAAAAGACUGGCAAAGUAACACAUGAGGUGACGGGUCUAGUCACAGAUCAUGGCGAAAAAUGGAAGACCCUGCGAUCCACAGUAAAUCCGGUUUUACUCCAACCUAAGACUAUAAAGCUGUACUCACGUAUAUUAGAUGACGUGGCUAAAGAUAUGAUAAAAAGAAUGAGAUUAAUUCGCGAUGAAAACAAUGUAUUGAAAGGUGAUUUAAGUACCGAAAUGAACUUGUGGGCUUUGGAGUCAAUCGGUGUGGUGGCGCUCGGCGGUCGGCUCAAUUGCUUCGACCCCAAUCUACCCGCAGACUCCCCCGUAAGGAAGCUCAUUCAAAUUGUACAUGACUUUUUCGCCGUAGCGGAUAAAUUAGAUUUCAAACCGAGUCUAUGGAGAGUAUAUCCAACCAAAUCUUAUAAGAGGGCCAUGAAAUUAUACGAAGAUCAAGAAAACUUAAACAAAUACUUCAUUCAGAAAUGGACUGAGGUACUAAAAACUAAAAAGGUGGAUAAAGAAUCAGAGAACGAAAAAGGAAUUUUAGAGAAAUUACUUGAGAUAGACGAGCAUUACGCUUAUUUAAUGGCCAGUGAUUUAUUAUUUGCUGGCGUGGAUACGGCAGCCAAUACGGUAAUACCAACAUUUUACUUGUUAGCAAAAAACCCGGAGAAGCAAAAUAAAUUGAGGGAAGAGAUAUUGUCAGGUUCAGAAAAGAGGCCAUACUUGAAGGCUUGCAUAAAGGAAGCGAUGAGGAUUAUGCCGGUAGUAUCUGGAAAUUUGAGGCAGUCUUCAAAGGAAUACAGCCUCCUUGGUUACCACAUACCAAAGAAUUCACUUUUGACUUUCGCCAAUCAAUUUACUUCGAUGAUGGAUUGCCACUAUCCAAGACCGAACGAAUACAUUCCGGAGCGAUGGUUGGUAGAAAAAGAAGAUCCAUUGUAUCACGGGAACGCACACCCAUUUGCAUUCAUGCCUUUUGGAUUUGGAACACGUAGUUGUAUCGGUCGUCGCAUAGCUGAGUUGGAGAUGGAAACUUUCGUCGCUCGAGUUGUUGAAAAUUUCCAAAUUGAUUGGUUCGGUGCACCUUUAAAGCAGUAUCAGAGCGCCUUGAAUUAUGUAAAAGGGCCCUUUAAUUUCACAUUUAAAGAUAUCUAAUAUUUAAUUGUUAAAUUGUAUAAACUAUCGUGAGACAUUACUUUAAGCGAAAAUUAAAAACGGCUCAACUCACGCUUAUUAUCCUUCUAAUUAAUACUAACCCUGAAGAAGGACCCCCGAAGGGUCUGAAACUAGUCGGUGCCGUCACCGGAGGAUAAUAAGUGUAAGUUG